UUUAUCAGUAAAUACACAUAGUUACAUGGGUUAAUAUAUGAACAAGCCUCCAUAUAAGUUACUGUGGCAUUUCCCUUAAGCUUGAGUUACACUUUGUCCUGAUCUUAUCACAUAUAUAUAGUGCAGGCAUUUCACCUGUCUCUUUGGACAACUCCCUGGCACAGACACCUGCCAAUCCAAGAAGGACACAACAUGGCAAGGCUAAUAACUGGACUAGUUCUUCUGGUCUGCCUUCAGUAUGCCUCUUGUUCCAAACUUGUGUGCUACUUCACCAACUGGUCCCAGUACCGACCUGCAAAUGGCAAAUUUACCCCUGAAAACGUGGACCCAAAUCUGUGCACACAUUUGAUCUACGCCUUCGCCAUCAUCAGCCCAUCCAACGAGCUGUCUCCCUACGAAUGGAACGAUGAUGUCCUCUACGAGCAGUUCAAUGGCCUCAAAAAUGAAAACCCGCAGUUGAAAACUCUGUUGGCUGUUGGUGGCUGGAACUUUGGGACAACACAGUUUACGAUCAUGGUUUCAUCCCCAGCCAACCGGCAGAGGUUUAUCCAGUCUGCCAUCAGGUUUUUGAGAACGCACGGUUUUGAUGGAUUGGACUUGGACUGGGAGUAUCCAGGAUCUCGGGGCAGUCCUCCUGAAGACAAACAAAGGUUCACCAUACUCUGCCAGGAAUUGCUGGCUGCCUUUAAACAGGAAGCUGCUGAGACAAGCCGACCAAGACUCCUCUUGACAGCUGCAGUGGCUGCUGGGAAAGCAACCAUUGACAAUGGAUAUGAGAUCGCCCAAGUGGCAAAGCUGUGUGACUUUUUGAAUGUCAUGACCUAUGAUUUUCAUGGUGCAUGGGACCCAUUCACUGGACACAACAGCCCACUGUUUAGGAGCUCUUUUGAUAAAGACGAUAACAUCUACUACAAUGUGGAUUUUGCCAUGAGAUACUGGAGGGACCAAGGUGCCCCUGUAGACAAGCUCCUGGUCGGGAUGGCCACCUAUGGGCGCACAUUUCGCACAGUGACAUCCUCUCACAGUGUGGGGGCUCCAGCUAAUGGACCAGCCCCUGCAGGGACCUACACCAGAGAGGCUGGCUUCUGGGCUUACUAUGAGAUUUGCCUUUUUCUCAGAGGGGGUCAGCUUAAUUGGAUUGAUGAGCAGAAAGUGCCUUAUGCAAUUCAAGGCAGUGACUGGGUUGGAUUUGACAACAGGCAAAGCUUAGAAAUCAAGGUAGAUUACUUGAAGAGGAACCAUUUUGGAGGAGCGUUUAUUUGGGCUUUAGACCUUGAUGACUUCUCCGGACAAUUCUGUAGUCAAGGGAACUAUCCACUCAUAAAUCACGUGCGCUCUCUUCUGGGAACAGAUAGACCCAUUACAACUCCUGAGCCUACCUUUGUCCCUACUCACACUGCUACUCCCAACCCCACUGAAAACCCCACUUCCAACCCCACUGAAAACCCCACUUCCGUCCCCACUGAAAACCCCACUGAAAACCCCACUUCUGUCCCCACUGUCAACCCCACUCUCAACCCCACUACUGUUGCCAUGACAACAACCACACCUGUGUCCGUGACUGAUUUCUGCGCUGGAAAGGGAGAUGGAUUGUAUGCAAACAAUAAGAACAAAAAUACUUUCUAUCACUGUUCAAAUGGGUUUACAUACCUGAAGAAUUGCCCUGCCAGUCUGGUUUUCAAUGACAAGUGCAAGUGUUGUGAUUGGCCUCAUUAAAUAUUAAACAUGUGUUUGAUUUCUGUUGAAACCUUUCAGUUGAUAUCAAUAGCAUUCUCUGAGGGAGGGGGUGUGAAGCUAAAUGGAGGUACUGCUCUGUCUGAAGUUCUGUUACUCAAAUUAGACUUUAAUCUGGGCUUUCUUUUAACACAAUCUGACUUUAGAGAACUGAUUUAACUGGAACUAACUGUGCUGUGACAAAUUCUCAAGACACCAAGCUAGUUAACAUUAGCCAACAAUUAGUCACAAUCAACUUUUUUGGUUGAAAAUUAAAUACAUAAAUACUCUCAUAUUGAUCACAUCACAGGUUCCAGAAAGUGUAUUGUUUAAAUUAAUUUAGUAUUUUUCCUUGGGUUUUUAGACAAUCAAAAGACGUGUGUGCGCGCAUCGUAUUAUCGUGGUAACUGCUGAACAUUCUUCCAUAGACAUGCAUGCUGCCCCCCUCAGCAUGAUGCUUAUAGUCUGUGUAAUGUCACUGCAAAGUAUCAAUAAAUAUGCAUAGAACUGCAGAUUACAGUGGGUAAAGUAUGUUUUGUGGUCUGUUUUGAAGAAGCAAAUAGUCUAAUGUCCUGUUUACAUUUGGCUUCUAGUUAAUGGUUUGCAAAGUAUGUUUACA